AUGACUCCUAAACCUAAAAAAAGAAAGCCCUAAAAAAAAGCUUCCCCUAUUUAGAGCAAAGACAUUAAGAUUAUUGUUAUCGAUAGUUCAAAGAGAGAUAAAAAAAAAUAAGAAGUGAAAAAAAAAGGAACCAAAAAAUAGUUAAGCAAAUUAUAAAAAUUUCAAGCACAGAUGAUUCCUUAAAAUAAUGUAGAUUAGAUAAGAUUACAACAUAUCUCAUCUAAAAUUUAGUAAAAUUAUAGAACUCAAAAUCAGUCAUAUUUAUUAAAAGUUAAAAAUUUAUACGAUUAAUAUAAAUCGUUGAUUCUAAAAUAUACAUUGCUAACUGAGCUUGAUGAUUUCACUUUUGCCCUUGAUUUACUUAGAAAAACUAUAAUAAACACUUUUAUUAGUUAGAUUUAGCAAAGUUUUAAUUUUCAAAAGAAGUCACCCAUAUAAAUAAUUGCAAUAGAUCAAAUGAUUUCAAUAAGUUAAAAAAAUCAUGCUCAAAUCUAUCAAGAAGAAAUUUAAACUCUCCUUAAACCAAUAUUUAAAUCAAAAAAUGUGGAUUAAGCCUACAUCAGAUUAAAAAUAAUGAUGCAGUAACGAAAUAUAUUGAAAAAAUUAGAAGAAAAGAAUUAGCUCUUUUAAAAUCUAAAGGAUUAAAGUCUUUAGAAUUGUUUUGAUAAUGAAAUGGGAGAUUUGCAUUUCUCUGCAUUAAAUUAUGGGGAACUUUUGGAAGCAUAGCAAAAGUAAGAAUUGAUAGAAGAUGCAAAAACAAGACAAUCUUAACCUUUGAUUUUGGAUGGUUUUUUUAAAAAUUCUAAUUUACAGAAUCCUAAAUAAUAAGUGAAUUCGAUAAGACAAUUUCUAAUUAAACCAACUGCUAAAUAAUAAAUGGAAAUAAGUAAAAUCUCAGCAAGAUCAAGAAAUUAAAGCAAGGAGUCCUGCUAUUCAAGAAAUGACUAAUAUUUUACCCCAUUUCAAUCAAACAUUUUAUAGUUAAAAUCUAUGCCAUAUCAAAAUCAAAAUCAAGAUGUUAAAUUGUAAAACAAAUCGAGUUACUUACCUAAUUUACAAGCACAUAUGAGCAGAAUUUCAAAUAUGAAUACUUCCUUUGAAUUACCGUUUGAGUUAGAAUCACAAACAAGUUGCACUCCAGCAAAUGCCAAAAAAACUAUGUUAGUCUAAAACAGACCAGCUAACAAGAUAGGUUGUGAGGGGGGAUGUAGAGAAAUUGAUAAGUAUAGUUACAAUUCUAGGAAACAAAUUUAAAAUCCAAAUUUAAGUGUUAAUAGAAAUGAUAUAAAUUAGUCGCAAUUAUUCAAUUAUUAAAAUAGAAGUGUUGAUUUUGGUCGAUCAUUAGGAUUCAGCAAUUUGUACAAUUCAAAAAUGUUUAAUGCAAAUAACAAUUAAAUGAGUGUCAACAACAACAACAAUUUAUAAUUUUCAAAAAUACAAUCAUUACAUGCUAGUACAAUAGUGAAUGAUUGGUUGAGUGAAUCAUCAUAGAGUCGAUUAGUUCUUUAGCAGCAACAUAUGUUUUAGUAGUAUAAUUGGAUCAUAUUCACAAAUGAAAAUAGCAAUAUGAGAUUUAGUAGACAAAUAAACAUCUAAAAUUUGAAAUUAUUGUGUGUUUAAAUAGAUUCAAACUUUUUUGAUGAUUACGAAUGCAUAUUGUUGAGUGAUAAGUUUAAAAUACUGAUUAUGGAACAGAAAGAUUUAGUUAGUCCUGAAAUGCACAUGAGAUUGGGGAAAGGGGAUGAGAAAGGGGCAAUUCAAGCUCUUAUUAACAAAAUGAAAAUAUAAAUGCAAUAAUUUAUGCUGUAAUACAAUAGUAGAUAAGUUAUUGUGUUGAUUUAAUAUUAACAUUAAUUCUUUUUGAGGAUGCUGAUAGAAUACAUAUUCCCAUAAUUAGGGUAGUUGUAGGAACAAUAUAAAAUAACUCCAUUUUAUUAGAUAGAGGAGUUGCAAGAAAUAAUAUUUGAUCUAAUUCAGACUCAGGAGAACAUUAGAUAUGAUAGAUUGAUAAAAGUACCUAAUGAUUUGAACAAAUUUCGAUCCAAAAUAUAAAACAUUGAAUUUUCUAAUUUGGUUACAAUGAGAUGUUUAAAUCAGUUAUAUUAGACUUUAGUACAACAAUUAACAAAUUGA